AUGGCGUCAGCAGACCUCAAGCGCCCUGGGCCGGACGAGGCUCUCUCUCCACGCCAGAAUGCUUCCUCGGUCGAGCAGGCGAUCCGAAACGUCGGCUCCAUGGACAACUCGCUCAACUCGCUCGCCAUGCGCGCCGACCCCGAUGCCCAGGCUGCCGUCACCGACUACCUCGAUUUCACCGAGUACCUGCCGUCCGACAUGAUGCGCUCGCUAACCCUGGUCGGCAAGCUCGACGAGACCUACGUCAACGCGUCUGCUAGUGUUCACGACCUCACCACCGUCUGGGGCCAGCUGCCCUCCAUCCCGCCUGCCGAGCGCCAUGGACUCGGGCCUGUCGAGUUGCGCGCCCAGAUCUCAGAGAAUCUCCAGCAGGCCAUCAGCUCGCGCGUCUACGCGCAUGCCGAGGCGGUGCGAAUGGCCGAAAACAUCAACCGCCACUACAACCGUGCCAAGACCAUACUUGCGAAGCUCGAGACGAUGCGUGACAACUACCCCGCUGACGACCACAAGAGCCCCGUUGCCGCGUCCAAGUCUCCCCAGCUCGCGCGACCGCAGAAGAUCACCCUGCGCCUUGACGGCCACAAGGUCCGGAGGCCACGAGUCCCCCGAAUAACGGUCCCGGGCGAGGUUCUGGCCCCCUAUGAGCUGAACUACGAUGCUUUCUCGAGUGAGAGCGAGAGCAGCUCCGAGGAAGAGUCGAACGACGAUGAUGACUCGGCAAUACCGAACCGGCUCACGCCCGCCCCCCAGGGUCGCAUCAAGGUCAUGAAGGCCAUCGCAAAGCCGCCCAAGUCGAAUAGAGCUCCAAAAUUCCGACCUUCUGUUCCGCCCUCUAACUACAUAGGCGUGUCCACAAGCGCGGCACUGGCCCAGCUGGCUCCGCCGCCCGAGAAUGCUGUCAUCGGUAGCUCUGAUGCACCAUGGGGCCAGCUCACACCUUUUGAGCUGGCGAGACUGAGGAAGCGGAUGAAGAAGAACGCCGCCUGGACUCCGAGCGACACUAUGGUGGCACGCGAGCUCAACGAUCUUGGCCGGGGCGUUGAUCAUUUUAAGGCGGCAAAGCAGAAGGCUGAGGAGGAAGGAAAGCCCUUUGAUGGGCAAAUGCCGGCACCUAUCGUUGACCCGGACACGGGAGAAGAACGAAUGCCCCUGGGAGCCUUGACCAUGGAGGCUUUGGCCUCGGACGACAAAAACUUUAGCAACCGCGGCAUGAAGCUGAAUGAGGCUAAGAAGCUCAAGCGAGAGUUACUCGCGAAGAUGGCUGCCGAGGAAGCUGAGGAGUCGGCAAGGAGGUUCGACGCCAUUGCUCGAACCCUCAUGUCCGAUGCGCCUCAGCCCAUGGCGCAGGAACAGCCGAGCAAGGCAGCGAACAAGCCGAGACCCCCCAAGAAACGGAAGAGGGACUCAGUUGCAGAGGCCGACGCUGAAAAGCCAGAACUGCCCGAGGGUCAGGCUCAGAGACCGCAAUUUAAGCGCACAAAGACAGAGACACCGGUCCCUCCACCCCAGCUCUCCAACCCCGGGCAAAUGGCCCAGGAGACGCCGGUUCAGGUUCCCCAGCGUGCUCCAGGCCCUGCAGCAGUUCUUCAUUCGACUACUCCCAUUCCCCUACCGGUGCACGGCCAGGACCAGUCUAUCACAGCAAAGUCGGGUGCGUCAGUAGUCUCGGCGGCGUCCCCGACUCCAAGCCAUAACGCGGGUCCUUCGAGUACAUCAGCGGCAUUGGCCCCUGUUAAACUGGCCCCUACCGAGACUCCGAUCCCUCCCCCUAUUCACUCACCGAAAAAGUCCACGACACCAAUCCUGCCACCCGUGAGAGAAACUCGGAAGACACAGGCAGCCCGCAUGCACGAGAACCAGAAAGAGCUCCAAAAGGAGACGCUGGCCCCGCUAACGCUCAAGUCACCCUCUCGGGCAACGAGCCCGGCCCCACUUACUCCCAAGCCAGACCCAGAUACCCAGCCGACAGCACCACCGGCAGCGUUAUUGACCCCGGCCCCUGGUGCCAGUACAAACGGUGCCGCUUCCACUGCUACUGCUGUGGCGGUGGUGACGACAACACGGCGUCCUGGAUCCAGAGGCAAGGCUGGCAGUCAAGAACCGCAGCCGUCUCUGGCAGCAGACCGACCCCGGCGCACUAGUACCGCACGGAACACGCCUGCACCAGAACGGCUAGAACAGCCGAUCACGACCACGACGACAACGCGGCCCAGCAGCAGGCGGGCAGAACGGGCAAUGCCGGAACGAGGGCCUAAGCGGCCAGCACCGGGUGUCAUUAGCCGCACCAACAGCGGGGGUAACAGCGCGGUGGGCACUCGCAAGGCAGCGCCAAAGAAGAAGCGAGGCCGGCCAGCCCUGGGCGCCGGCGGCAGCAACAGCAAGGACAAGGGCGGGGCCGGCGGGGCAGCCGACGCGGCCGGCGGGGGCGACGUUUUCGAGGUCGAGGUCGACGACGAGGGGAACGUGAUUGACCCGGACGAGCCGAGAUACUGCCUCUGCAACCGGGUCAGCUUCGGCACCAUGGUCCAAUGCGACAAUGUCGAUAACUGCAAGCAAGAGUGGUUCCAUCUCGAAUGCGUCUCGCUCGCAGAGAUACCCGCCCGCACCACAAAGUGGUACUGUCCCGACUGCCGCAUCCUCCUUAACAUUGGCGAGAAGGGCGAGGUCAGCGCUAGGGGCGUCAAGGCUUGA